CAAAUGUGUUUUCGACAAUUCGUCUAACACGACAUAAGCGAUAAUUAAAGAUACGCUUCUAGGGAAUGCUUCGUCACCUACGAUUACAUGUGGAGCGUCAGUAGUUGUAUCUGGCAAUGUAGAAUUUCCUGGUACAGAUAAGGUACCUCGUUGAAGUGCUUUGCCUAAAUUAGAGCUUGAAAAAAUUCCACCAUCGCUGUUCUUGCCGUAAGCACCAACAUCAACCGCAAUAAAAUUGUAAUGGGCGUCAACAAGCGCCAGCAAAACAACUGAGAACGUCUUCUUGUAAUUGAAGAACAGAGAGCCGCUAUUUGGUGGAGCCUGAAUGAUAAUAUGCUUCCCAUCCAAAGCUCCCAAACAGUUAGGAAAAUUCCAAAGUGUGAAAAAGUCGUUGGCUAUAGAUUUCCACAUCUCUGUUGUAGGCUUUGGUAGCAUUUCAUUCAGAAGGCGCUCAGUUAUAACCUUGCAAGUGUCCAUUACAAUCUUGUAUACUGUACUAUGCCCCAGGCGAUAACUAAAGGAAAUUGUUUUUAGGGAAUCUCCCGUAGCUAAGUACCUGAAAAAAGAAAUCAUAUUUUAAUUAAAAAUAUUAUGUAACUGCUUGUACUUUACAGUUUUUGAAAUUGUUUCAGGUUCAUCCUGUAAAGCUAGAUGGAAUAAUAUACGAGACAAUUAUCGCAAAUCGAUGAAGAAAACAAAAACUAAGAGCGGAGACCCUGCAAAAAAAAUAAAACGGUAUAAAUAUUUCGAACAACUAAGCUUCUUAAGCAAUUAUUUCUACGAGAGGGAAACAAAAGGCAAUAUUGAAAACGAUGUAGAAAACAUAGAUGAAGAAGAAAACUCGCAGAAUGUGGAUGCAGAAGAAACAUAUGUAUCAUCGGAACCUAAUGAAUCAGGGCCAAAUGUUUCAGAUGUAUUGGAACCUAAUGUAUUAGAUUCGAGUGAAAACAAGCAAUCUCAUUUAACUCAACGCUCAUUCAAAACAUCAUCAAGAAGGCUACCGCCACAACAAACUGCUUCAGCAAAACUAAUGGAGUAUUUGAUAAGUGACAAAAAGGACAAGCAAGUUACUACUGCUCCGCAACACCACGUGGACGCAUUUCUAGCUGGUGUAGCUCCAACAUUAAAAAGUUUUACGCCAUAUUACUUGCAUCUAGCAAAAUCUGAAAUAUUUCACACGGUGCAAAAAUACGAAAUGGAAAUGAUCAUGCAGCAGGACUCAUAUCCAAGACCUGGCCCCAAUUUUGUUAACACAAGGCUACAUUCCGAGCACUCAUCAUCGACCUCCACGUCAAGAGGAACUACUCCUUUACCGUCGCCUGUUGCACCAUUUCCACAACAUAGUUUGCAAAAUCCAAAUCAAAAUGAAUUUUCAUCUGUGGGAGAUUCAAACGCGACCAACAACCCUUUGCAAAGUUAUUUUCACAACUUUCCAAAUUAACUGAACAUGAUUUUUUACAUUAAGUAUGUACAAAUAUAUAUUGUCGAGAUUUGUAUUGUUAUUACUUACCUCAAACAAACUGCUAGUUGUUCCCUCGGUGUAAUAGACUUUCUCCAAUGAGUGUCUUGUUUUUUUAA